AUGGCUCCCCGCACUAUCACUCCAGUCGAUAAAAAUUGGCAGUUCAAGCAGGAGAAGGAAGACGACGCGUCUUAUUUGCCUGUCGCUCAAUUUCCUACCAACGUUCAUCUCGACCUGUUGCACCACAAAAAGAUUCCUGAUCCUUACAUUGGAAAAAAUGAGCUGCAAGUGCAGUGGAUCGGAGAGACUGCCUGGGUCUACAAGACUACAUUUUCUACCCCCAAGAUUGACGAUGGCGAAAAGGCCGUACUGGCCUUUGACGGUCUCGACACUUUUGCUACAGUCAAACUGAAUGGCGAGAAAAUCCUUGAGACAGAGAACAUGUUCAUCCCAGAGCGUGUGGAUGUCACGAAGCAUCUCAAGAAAGAUGCCGAGAAUGAACUUCAUAUCAGCUUCGACGCUGCCUAUCUGAGGGGUUGGAAGUUGGCUGAAGAGCAUCCUCACCACAAGUACAUCGCCUGGAAUGGAGAUGGCUCAAGAUUGCCUGUUCGGAAGGCACAAUACCACUGGGGCUGGGACUGGGGUCCUACCAUGCUGACAUGUGGUCCUUGGAGACCAGUAAAUCUCGAAGUAUACGAGUCCCGUAUCGCUGAUCUCAACUCUGAAUCAGAGGUUGAAGAAUCGCUCCAAACAGCAAAGGUCGUUGCGCAUGCCGCAGUCGAGGGGAAAGCAUCAAAAGUCCGCUUUGAUGUCUCUCUAGAUGGAAAAGUGGUCGCAUCAGAAACCGCACAGGUGAAGGACGAACGCGCAGCAACAACGUUCCACAUUCAAGAUCCAGCUCUGUGGUAUCCGAUCAGAUAUGGAAAGCAACCAUUGUACACUAUCAAAGCAACUCUUCUUGAUGGCGACAACGAACUCGAUUCGGUUUCCAAAAGGGCUGGCCUUCGCAAACUCGAGCUUGUCCAGAGAGAACUUGAUGGGCAACCUGGCACAAGCUUCUUUUUCCAAGUCAACAAUAUCCCCGUUUUCUGCGGCGGAAGUAACUGGAUCCCAGCAGACAAUUUCAUCCCCCGUAUUUCCAAAGACAGAUACCGUGACUGGGUCAAGCUCGUUGCCGAAGGCAACCAAUUCAUGCUGCGAGUCUGGGGCGGUGGCAUCUAUGAAGAAGACGUUUUCUACGAUGCUUGCGAUGAGUUUGGCAUUCUUGUAUGGCAAGAUUUCAUGUUCGCUUGUGGAAUCUAUCCAGCAUGGCCUGAGUUGCUCAAAUCUAUCGACAGAGAGGCCCGAGCGAACAUCAAGCGACUGCGACAUCAUCCAUCCAUUGUUAUUUGGGCAGGAAACAACGAAGAUUACCAAGUGCGCGAAUCAGAGAACCUCACUUAUGACUUUGAUGACCACGACCCUGAGAGCUGGCUGAAGACUGACUUUCCAGCACGCUACAUCUACGAAAAGCUUCUCCCAGAUGCUUGCAAGGACCUUGAUUCUAAUGCUGUCUAUCACAUUGCCAGUCCCUGGGGUGGAAAGGUUACCUCCGAUCCUACUAUUGGAGACAUCCACCAAUGGAAUGUUUGGCACGGCUCUCAGCAAAAAUACCAAGAUUUCGAUAAACUCGUCGGCCGCUUCGUUUCCGAAUUUGGUAUGGAGGGUUUUCCAAAUACCAAAACGAUCGAUGCGUACCUUCCAAAGGGUAAAGAUGACCCUGAGAGGUUUGCAAGCUCGUCCACCAUUGACUUCCAUAACAAAGCGGACGGGCAAGAACGCCGACUAGGACUCUACAUGGCUGAGAAUUUCCGGUUCACUAUUGAUCCUUUAGAGGAUUACGUCUAUUAUAGUCAACUGUUGCAAGCUGAGGCUUUGGCCUCGGCUUACAGGCUCUGGAAGCGACAGUGGCAGGGCCCGAAGAAGGAGUAUUGCAGUGGUGCUUUAGUAUGGCAGACCAACGACUGUUGGCCCGUCACCUCUUGGGCUAUUUGUGACUAUUACCUCCGUCCAAAGCACGCAUACUAUACCAUCAAACGAGAGAUGGCCCCCGUCACUAUCGGAAUGACGCGCCGAGUACAUAAGCACCCCAAGGACAAGUACACCAGAGUUAACGUCGAAAUCAAGACCCAAGUUGAGAUCUGGGGCAGUAACCUCAACUUGAAAGACGCGACUGUAGAUUGCGUAGUGAAGGCUUGGGACAUUGAGACAGGAAAAGAAACCUACUCGCAAACAGUGUCUUCGGAGCUCGUUCUUCAGAGCAACCGUUCAACAGAGAUCAAGAUCUUGGACGUACCAGUUGAGAAGCCUCACGCUGAACUUGAAGCAAAGACGGUCGUUGGUGCGUAUCUAUAUCAAGACGGCAAACAGAUUGCGCGAUACGUCAACUGGCCCGAGCCGCUCAAGUACCUCCACUUUCAGAAACCCCAGGAACUCAAAGUCAAGGUCAAUCAAGACGAGAAGACCGUUGAGAUCAGUGCCGAAGUUCCAAUUAAAGGACUGGCCUUGGAAUGCGAAGAUGAUGGCGUCAGGUUUGAUGACAAUUUAGUUGACGUUGUUCCCGGAGAGGUUGUGACAAUUGGCGUCAAAGGGGCGAAGAAGGAUACUGUCCUCAAGACGCAGUAUCUAGGAAUGCAGGUCCAUGACUAG